UUGGAGCAGGUAUAGACCACUAUACGCACAGCGAUCAUUUUAAUCAUAUGCACAAUCUCAGAAAAAAUGAUGAUUGUAUAGCUAAGAAGUAUAUUGGUAAAUAUUCCACAACAAUCUUUGCAAAUGAAGGAAAGGAUAUAAUUAAUGCACAUGAUCAAAACAAACCACUGUUUCUUUACCUGUCAUUUUCUGCGGUACACGCACCUCUCGAGGUUCCGUCCUCGUAUUUGAAACAAUACGAGUCAACUAUUCAUGACGAGGACAGACGAACAUAUGCAGCGAUGACAUCAUGUGUAGACGAGGCUAUCGCGAAUAUCACUGAGGCACUUGAAGAGAAGAACAUGUUGAAAAACAGUAUAAUCGUUUUCACUUCCGACAAUGGCGGGGCUUUGGUGAAUUCGGCUGGCAACAACUGGCCUCUGAGAGGAGGAAAGCAUACGAGUUGGGAAGGAGGUGUGAGAGCUGUUGGAUUCGUUUAUGGUGAUUUGCUUCCUCGUCACUCACGGGGUACCGAGAAUACGGGUCUGAUGCAUAUCACAGACUGGUUCCCAACUUUAAUAACAUUGGCUGGUGGCAAUCCACAUGUCGGAAAGAAGCUAUACGGAGUUGAUCAGUGGAAUAUGAUAACAGGAGAAGACAAAUCUGGGCGCGACGAUGUGUUGAUUACGCUUGAGGAAGAUAAUAAAGCAGGUGCACCCUAUAGAACUGGUAUAUAUAAGAAUAAUGCUUUUGACAUAACAACACAUGCAGCGAUAAAAAUGGGAAAAUGGAAGUUAUUGACUGGACCAAUUGGAGGACCAAGUGAUUGGGUUAAACCCCAAGAGAUAAACUCUGACCAUAGAAUAGUAGAGGAUCGUGAUUUCGACGCAACACGUAUGGUGCGACUAUAUAACAUAGAAGACGAUCAAACUGAAACAACUGAUUUAUCAGAGAUUAAUCAGCAUAUUGUGAUUGAAAUGCUUGCAAAGCUUCAUAACUUUUCGAAGCAGUCCGUUCCUGCCCAGUCAAGAUAUAUCCACGUGCUGAUUUUGAUGGGAUGGGAGAAUGCAUAAGUCCAUGGGUAUAACGAAUGGCACAAUACAUAUCAUUCAUGUAAUAUAGAAGUAUUAGAAAACAAAUAAACAUAUGUUCAUAACAAA